AUGGGACACCAAUGUUUUCCCCAUUGUUUAUCACUCUCUCUCUCUCUCUCUCUCCAUAUCUAUCUAUAUAUCUAUCGGAAUCUGUUCAUCUAUCUAUCGAUCUCUCGCAUUCUAUCUAUCAAUCAGAAUCUAUCUAUCUAUCUAUCUAUCUAUCUAUCUAUCUAUCUAUCUAUCUAUCUAUCGGAAGCUGUUCAUUUAUCUGAAUCUUUACGUUUUUCUAUCUAUGCGGAUGUAUUCGUCUAUAUUUAUCUAUCUGCAUAUGUCUAUCUAUCUAUCUAUCUAUCUAUCUAUCUAUCUAUCUAUCUAUCGGAAGCUGUUCAUAUCUAUCUUUCUGGAAUCGUUGUCGACUUACGACUGUGCAAGCUUUCCACCAUGACCACGAAUAGCUGUGCCUGGCGUGAGCGUUUCCCUGCUUUGUGUACGACAGCUUUCACCCCAGCUCCCGGCCGCACUAGUAUUCCAUUGCUUGUCUCAAGCUCACUGUUAGGGCAGCCGUGGUACAGCACACUACCCCCUCCCCCUCCCCACCAAGUCCUUUUUCUCUAUCACUUGACUGAUUUAUCAUUUUCUCACUUCUGUUUCUUUCUCUUUCUGUCUGUCUCUCUCUCUCUCUCUCUCUCUCUCUCUCUGAUCCUGUAUCUCUCUUUUGUUGCCUAUCGGUUCUCUCUCUCUCUCUCUCUCUCUGUUUCCUCCUUUCUCGCUCUGUUUCUGCCUGUCUCGCUCAUUCUUAUUGCCUAUCGGUACUUUCUCCCACUGUUUCCUUCUCUCUCUCUCGCUCUCUCUAUCCAGGUCUCUCUCUCUCUCUCUCUCUUUGUCUCUCCCGAUGUUUAUCGCUUCUGA